UACAUGAACGCCUUGGAGUACUUCAAGACCCACCUCAAGUACGAGAAGAACCCUAAGAUCAGAGAAGCAAUUACCCAGAAGUUCACCGAGUACCUUCGUCGUGCUGAGGAGAUCCGUGCCGUCCUCGACGACGGCGGCCCCGGCCCGGGGGCAUCCAACGGGGAUGCUGCAGUUGCCGCUAGGCCCAAGACCAAGCCCAAGGGCGGGGAAGGUGGUGGUGGGGAUGGGGAAGACCCGGAGCAGGCGAAGCUGCGGGCCGGGCUGAACUCCGCGAUCAUAAGAGAGAAGCCCAACGUGAAGUGGAAUGAUGUCGCGGGGUUGGAGAGUGCCAAGCAGGCUUUGCAGGAGGCUGUGAUUUUGCCUGUCAAGUUCCCUCAGUUCUUUACGGGUAAAAGACGACCAUGGCGAGCAUUUUUGUUGUAUGGACCACCUGGAACAGGUAAAUCAUAUUUGGCCAAGGCUGUUGCAACAGAAGCUGACUCCACAUUUUUCAGUAUUUCUUCAUCAGACCUUGUCUCAAAGUGGAUGGGUGAAAGUGAAAAGUUGGUUUCAAGCCUUUUCCAAAUGGCCCGAGAAAGUGCUCCUUCUAUAAUAUUUAUCGAUGAAAUAGAUUCCCUUUGUGGUCAGCGUGGAGAAGGCAAUGAGAGUGAAGCUUCUAGACGAAUUAAAACAGAACUUCUGGUCCAAAUGCAGGGUGUAGGACACAAUGAUCAGAAAGUUCUUGUUCUUGCAGCGACAAAUACACCCUAUGCUUUAGACCAGGCAAUAAGGCGUCGUUUUGAUAAGCGCAUAUAUAUUCCACUACCAGAUUUAAAGGCUCGCCAACACAUGUUCAAGGUGCAUCUGGGAGAUACUCCCAACAACUUGACUGAAAAGGAUUUUGAAUACUUGGCUAGCAGGACUGAUGGGUUUUCUGGUUCAGAUAUAUCUGUCUGUGUAAAGGAUGUUUUAUUUGAACCUGUUCGCAAAACCCAAGAUGCCAUGUACUUCUGUAAGAGUCCCGAUGGUAUGUGGAUCCCUUGUGGACCAAAGCAACCGGGAGCAAUACAAACCACCAUGCAGGACCUUGCUUCAAAAGGACUUGCUUCUAAGAUCCUUCCACCGCCGAUUACUAGAACGGAUUUUGAGAAGGUACUUGCUAGGCAAAGACCUACAGUUAGCAAAGCUGACCUAGAUGUUCAUGAAAGAUUCACCAAAGAGUUCGGAGAGGAAGGUUGAUUUUGAAGGUGCACUUUCUCGUCGAAGAAACGCCUUAAUGUGUAUUGUGAUGCUUUGUAAUUUAUUUGGCUGUCGAAUCAAGUGAAAUAGCUAUUUUUGGGGAUUGUAGUCCCCUCUUAUGAAAGAUGGAUUUAUAAAUGUCGAUACCUUUUUGUUUUUCUUUCUUUCAA